CUCGGGGCUUAUAGGGAGGCGCCGCCCCUUUAGCCGGAGCCAGAAGCGCUGGAAGUCAGCCGAGGCGAGCGAGCUGAGCUGCUGCUGUUGCUGCUGUUGCUGCUGUUGCUGCUGUUGCUGCUGUUGCUGCUGUUUCUCCGCGCCCGCAUCGGCCCCAGGCACAGAGCCCCGCAGGAGAAAGAAAGAAAGAAAGAAUGCCCGCGGUCAGCGAGGGAGCCACCGCCAAUUGGUCGCGAGGAGCCGGCGAGCAGUUCGCCCCGGCUCAGGCUUGCGUCGGAUAAAGCCCGGAUCUCCCACCCACCCGCAACCCUCCCACGCACGCCCCCUCCAAAGAACCAGGGCAGGAAAGGAAUCGAUCGUCUCCCCCCCCCCCCACAUCUGACCCCCGCCUUCCGUGCGAAAUGAGUGCCCCUGAGUGAGGCCGUUUGCCCCCCCCCCCACGCGCACACUCCGCCUACGAAGAAGGAGGUUCCGAUUUCACCGGCGAAGCUCCCCUCUCUCUCUUGCUGCCCCCCCGGGAUUUAUAGCGUUUAGCGCCCUGUUAUUUCUUCCGAAGCCAAGGCUACAUAUUCCACAAGCAGGCAUGAGCGCCGGUUGUGAAUCCAGUGGCAGCUCUGGCGCCCCCCGCAGGACACGGACGCCUCGUGGGAGUGACGCCCAGGGCCAGGCCACCGACGAUAUGGACGUUAACAGCAACGGCUCCAGCGGCAAUGAAUCGCACGGCGAUUCGCACAGCAGUUCGCACAGCAGCGGCAACGGGAAGGAUUCGGCUCUCCUGGAGACCACAGAGAGCAACAAGAGCUCCAAUUCGCAGAGCCCGUCCCCUCCCAGCAGCUCCAUCGCCUACAGCCUUUUGAGUGCCAGCUCAGAGCAGGAUAAUCCCUCCACCAGCGGCUGCAGCAGUGAGCAGUCGGCCCGCGUGAAGACGCAGAAGGAGCUGAUGAAAGCCCUCAAAGAGAUGAAGAUCCGUCUGCCCUCCGAGAAGCGCAGCAAGGGGAAGUCGGGCACGCUGGCCACCCUCCAGUAUGCCCUCUCCUGCGUGAAGCAGGUCCAAGCGAGCCAGGAUUAUUAUCAGCAAUGGAGCAUUGACGACAGCCAGACCUGCAGCCUGGAUAUAUCCACCUACACAAUUGAGGAACUGGAGAAGAUCACGUCUGAAUACACCCUCAAAAACCUUGACACCUUCACAGUCGCCGUGUCCUUUACUACGGGGAAAAUCCUCUACAUCUCCGACCAGGCGGCCUUCAUUCUGCGUUGCAAGAAAGAGGUCUUCAAGGGGGCAAAGUUUGCCGAGUUUUUGGCCCCCCAAGACGUCAGCAUCUUCUACGGAUCCACAGCACCGUACCACCUGCCCUCCUGGGGCGCCUGCCCCUCUGCCACCGCCAUGGAUUACACCCAAGAGAAAUCCGUCUUCUGCCGCAUCAGCGGAGCCCACUCGGGAGGACGGGAGCUGUGCUACUACCCUUUCCGGCUCACCCCUUACCUGACCAAGGUGCGGGACUCGAACAGUGCCGAGGGGCAGCCCUGCUGCCUGCUCAUCGCCGAGCGCAUCCAUUCGGGCUACGAAGCCCCCAGAAUUCCUCCCAAUAAACGCAUCUUCACCACCAGACACACCCCCAACUGCUUGUUUCAGGACGUGGAUGAGCGAGCUGCCCCCCUGCUUGGCUACCUCCCCCAAGACUUGGUUGGGACCCCUGUCCUUUUCUACUUGCACCCUGAGGACCGGCCUCUUAUGCUGGCCAUACACAAGAAAAUCUUGCAAUACGCCGGGCAGCCGUUCGACCACUCGCCUAUCCGCUUCUGCGCCCGCAACGGCGAAUACGUCACCAUUGACACCAGCUGGUCCAGCUUCGUCAACCCCUGGAGUCGCAAAGUCUCGUUUAUCAUGGGCAGGCACAAAGUGCGGACGGGUCCCCUCAACGAGGAUGUCUUCACCGCCCCCAAAGUCUUGAAGUCCAAGGCUCUGGAUGUGGACAUUCAGGAGCUUUCCGAGCAGAUUCACCGGCUGCUGCUGCAGCCUGUGCACAGCAGUGGAGCCCUGGGCCUUUGCAGCAACUCGGCCUCCCACGAGCAGUUCAUGAGCAUCGCCUCUUCCAGCGACAGCAACGGCUUCCCUGCAGAGGAAGCCCAGGCUCUCCGGCCGAUGACCUUCCAGGAGAUCUGCAAGGAUGUCCAUAUGGUCAAGAACCAGGGCCAGCAGGUCUUCAUCGAGUCCCGGGUCAAGCCACUGCCCAUCAAGCCGCCUCGGCCAGCUCUGGAUCCACCCGUCAGUCACACCGGGCGAUCCAAGGAGGCCUUGAGGGACGUGAAGAAGAGGUCGCACAAGGCGACCAUCUCCGAGGACUCUCUGCGGAAGGAGCCUUCCAACUACUCCUAUCAGCAGAUCAACUGCCUGGAUGGAAUUAUCCGAUAUUUGGAAAGCUGCAACAUCCCCAGCCGGGUGAAACGCAAGUGCGGUUCCUCCUCCUAUACCACCUCUUCCAAUUCGGACGACGACAAGCAGAAAGUGCGCCAACAGGUGGCCGCGCAGAGCAAAGAUGUGCCCGAGGAGAGGCUACCAGCCACAGGGAGCCAGCCCGAGAGGGAAGAAACCGGGGCGGCGGCAUGUGCCGCCGCCGUGGUGGGAGGCCCUCUCGCUCCGCUGGCCUUGCCUACUAGCAAAGCUGAGAGCGUGGUGUCGGUGACCAGUCAGUGCAGCUUCAGCAGUACCAUCGUCCACGUGGGAGACAAGAAGCCCCCGGAGUCGGACAUUGUCAUGAUGGAAGAGACGGCGCCCAGCGCCACCCCGCCCGCCCCUCCGCCCUGCGUCACCCCCGACCGGGAACCGCAGUACCGCCGGGUGGGCCUGACCAAAGAGGUGCUGUCCAUCCACACACAGAAGGAGGAACAUUCCUUCCUCACCCGCUUCAAGGACCUCAGCCAGCUCCACGUCUUCAACUCCCCCUCCCGGCUCAGCUGGCAGGAGCUGCACCGUCCCCACGCCCAGGACCAGCGAGGACUCCGAGGCCUGCGUCAGGGACCUCGCGGGCCAAACGGCCGGGGACGCAGCCGGAAGUCCAAGGCCAAACGCAUCCGGCAGAACAAAUCGUCGGACAGCACCAGCUCUCCCCAGAACUCUGUGGGCUCGCCCCCGCAGCUGCCCUGUCCCCCAACUGCCUCCUCUUGGGCCCCUUCAGGCCCUUCCCCUCCCACCCUCCCAAACAUGUCCUACCCAGCCGUGAUGCCUACCUACCCCAUCCCCGUUUUUCCCCCUCGCCCCCCAGCGCCGCCGGUCACCGAGCCUUCCCACAACCCCUUGCCUGCCCCUCAGUUCCCUGCUCCCCUCAUGGCCCCCAUGAUGGCCCUCGUCCUGCCCAAUUACGUCUUCCCCCAGAUUAACAACCCCCUCCCCCAGACGUACUUUCCCGGGGGUCCCGUUUUCCCCUUUGGACCCCCGCAGCCGGGCAGCACCACGCUGGUUCCCGGACCCGAAGCCGGCCUGCAGUUGCCUUCCGGCUCUUCCACCCCUCACUCGAUGAGCCAGCCUGAGCGGGCCGAAUCCCCUCUCUUCGAGUCGCGCUGCAGCUCUCCGUUGCAGCUGAACCUGCUCCAGAUGGAAGAGCUGCCCAAGCCGAGUGACCGCCAAGAAACCAACCUGAGCGGUCAAGCGGGACCAGCCGGCACCUCUGCGGAUUGGAUUGGAGUGACCGGCGGGCAGGGCCUGGGGAAGGAACUCGGCCCGCCGAAGGAAGUCUGCAUGGUGGAAGCUCACGAUUCCUCCAACAACGACGCUUUAUCCAGCUCCAGUGACCUUCUGGAUCUCCUCCUCCAAGAAGAUUCGCGCUCGGGCACGGGGUCGGCUGCCUCGGGCUCCAUGGGCUCCGGCUCCAACGGGGAGAGCACGUCUGCCAGCGGGACCACCAGCAGCAAGAGUAGCAACACCAGUAAAUAUUUUGGCAGCAUUGACUCGUCCGAGAACGAUUUACGGGCCAAGAAGCGAUCCGAGGCGGAGGACAACGAACACUUCAUGAAAUACAUCCUCCAGGAUCCCAUCUGGAUGCUGAUGGCCAACACCGACGAUAAGGUCAUGAUGACCUAUCAGCUGCCCACCAGGGACAUGGAGACUGUCCUGCAGGCGGAUCGGGAGAAAUUGAAGCGGCUGCAACAGCCAAGAUUCACGGAAGAGCAGAAGAAGGAGCUCGCCGCGGUGCAUUCCUGGGUCCAGAAGGGGAUCUUGCCCAAAGCUAUUAACGUCACGGCCUGCGUCGAGUGCGAGAGCAACGCGGCCUCUCGGGUCUCCCCGCUUUACGACGUGGAGAUCCAGGAUAUGGACCUGAACGGUAUGUUGGAGCCGAUGGAGGAGGGUAACGGAGCGCAGGUCUCUCCGCCUCCUUUACCGCUGGAAAUAGCCAUGGAGGAGGAGGAGGCCGGAGAGAAUCGGGACCAGGCGCACCGGGCAGAAGUGCAGCAGACCAGCUAAGCCUUGGAGACAGGACUUGGGAUCAACCUCGGACGUCGCUCGGAUGAGGAGCCAAGGCUGCUGAGCAGCAGGACUCGGCCAGCGAGGCGUGCAACUGGCGGGCGUCCCCCGCCUAUGCAAGGACCCUGGGUCGGCCUUGUUUAAACCUCUGGGCUGGCGGGUCUCCAGGCAGCGGCAUCCCCACUCGCGGACGCCUUCCUCUUCUUCGAUGGAACCUGGCCGAGUUAUUCCUCGCGGCAUUUCUGGACAGGGGUUACGGGACGUUUUUUUGGAGUGGGACCGGGCGGUGGGGUGGGGCACGAAGGCGAUUCGAGUUUUUAUGCAUUUAUUUUUUUUUGACAAUUUUGUCAUUGGUGGUUUUACUGUGGUUUUUGGUUUUUUUGGUUGUUUUUUUUUACUGACCUGCGGCUGUGUCCCGGAAAGGGGCCGGCGCACGGCGCUGAAAAUAGUAAUAAAUGAGAAUAAUAAAAAAAAAAAAGAUGAAUUGCAGAACCAA